AUGGCGGCUUUUGGAAGAUUGCAAGCUGCCCUUGCAGCGGCCACCAACGAGGUUACCGUUGCAGCAGCUAAUAUCAACUUCGACUUCACACUCGUCAAAUACGAGGCUCCAAAGGAGUUUCGCCCUAUCGAAGGGUAUCUCACUACAACCAGGAAGCAGGAUGCAGAAACCGGAAAAUCACACGUCGUAGCGCGCCGGCUAGGUGCACUCUUCAGUGGGAUCUGUCCGGAUUCCCCGAACUUGAUCCGCGCGUACGGUGCCAGAGUUUCUGAAAUCUCAAAGACAGCGACCCAAAAGGAAUCUCAGGAAUACUCCAAGUCCAUUUUUGCUUCCUAUGUCGGAGUUGAUGCAACCUCUAUCUGGGCUGCCGCUACUUCCUCGACAACAGCUAUUCACGUCCAUCUACUGGCUUGCAUGUUAGCAGAGCUAUGGGAUGCAUCCGAGGCCACUUCAAUCUGGGUAGAGCUGGUUGAAGAGCGACGAAAAGACAUUGCUCACCGCCUUGAGCAGGGAGAGGCAUUGAACUUCGGUCUCGCAUCCGCUGCGGCGCAGCAAGAAAUCACAAGAGAUCAGCUCGCGUCUUGGGAUGCGAGUGCUCGGGCUUGGAUCCAGACUGGAAAGUCUGUUAUGACUAAGAAUGACGCCCAACUGCGACUCAUUCUGAAGAACGUCUACUUUGCCAUAAAUCCCAGUGAAGCGCCAUUCGUUAGUGUCAUUGACGCCUGGAAGCUGGCAGUUGAAACUACGGAAAAGCUGAUCCUGGGGAUACCUCAAGAGGCGCAAAAUGGCGCCGCCAUUCUUGGUCUCUCAGCGUGGCACAUCUACCCUGAUAUUCAUGUAUAUGGGAACAAGAAUAUCAAGGUCGCCAUGAACGAUGAGCUAGUCGCGGCUGGUGGUGUUCUCUCGCUUGCGUCAUGCCCUUCACAGCGAACCGAGUCACGAGGAGUCUAUUGGUCUCUUUGCUUGAGCCAUCUGACAUUCUAUGGCCCUCCUGUUAAGCGAAAUCAAGCGUUAGAAAACGAUCCUCGCCGGAUCCCAUUCGAUCAUCUGCUUCAUGCGACCGUGGGUGCUAUAUUGAGUCGAUGGAGAGUUCAUUCCGGCGAUCUGGUUGAUGGGAUCAAAAUCUUGAUUGCCAUUCUCGACACCAUAAGCGUCGCAAACCGCAGUCUGUAUUCGAUCAUGGCCCUGUUUAGCAAUGCCGCCAAACAAUGUUUGAAUGAUGAGCAAGCCUGGAGUUACAUGUCAUACGGGAAACGUCGAUCUGGUUUUAUCAAGGAUCCGGAUUUGCAGUUAACAGGUGCUAUCAAAGCAUUCUUUGGACUGUCCGAUAUUAGGGUACUCCUGUCUUGUAUCACCAGUUUAGAAGACAGAGUCUCACUACUGCAAAAGCAAGCGAAAAGGGUCGAUUUGUCGGGGCAAGAAGUGAUCAUAUUCGAUACACCGUCUCUCGCAGCACACGAGGUCGAGUCGGGACGCAUCCACUACAACACAAGACCAAAGCGCCGCAAAACGACGGUAACUAAAAUGGAGUACAAGGUCAUUGGCGCACAACUUAUUCGAGGAAAAGGAAAGAAUGUUUCAGUAUUCGACUUCUGGAUUGGCGACCCCUCUUCCACGGCGAUCUACAAGAAGCAGGUUGAGAAUUCGCUUCAGAUCGAGCCUCCCACUACAACUCUUGAUGAUGGUUCCUCAGAAUUUCCAUUCGAGGACUUUUACUUCAAGACGCUCCCGCACGAUGACAGUCCUAUAGACUUUCAGAUCUUGGCCCAUCUGAUGUGCGGGUAUGAUAUACACCAAAGUGUAAUUCCCUCACGUAUCAUGGGUCUCUCCUUUGAAGAUUCAAUCAUAGUCCCUGCUUCGCUUGUACAUGACCCUGGAGAAAAGGCCCCGCGUUUUAUAAGAAUUCUUGGCAAUAUUGGCCGUCCGGGCCUGACACUGUUGGUUGCGCCGGCAAACCCUAUGCUCGCCCCUUUGGAUGAAGGCGUCUGGAGAAUCUCAAACCUGAAUCGGUUCAACGGAAAGGCAGAGGAUAUGCUCAGCACCACCUCAUUGCAUCUUUCCUUUACCGAUUGGAGCCAGCCGUUAAGUUCAAGGGGGGCUUCGGGUGGUCGAGAUGUACAAUGCGCGCUUAUGGAAGCUGUCAUCAGCAUCAAAGACUCGGGUCAAUGGGUGGGGGAUGUUGAUAUCUUGAAGGCCCUGGAAAGUGACAUGAUUCACGUGGCACGACUAGAUCCGUUCUGUUCUCAUGCACGCGGAACUCUGCCUCAGAAUCACAUGCAUUCGAUCGAGUGCUGGGAUGAAUUGAGAGAUUGCCCUGAAGAGCAGUUAGUCAUUCGAGCCAGUGGUAACUGGGUGGCCCGCCUCGCAGCAGUAUCGUAUCUCGCUCAAAAAAUGGGCACCAAGGACAUGAGAACCUCGAGGAUCUUCAUAUGCCCUGAUAAUAUUUGCUGGGCUUGCCGAGAGGCAAAGAGUAAUAUGGACGAUAUUUUCAUUUACUAG